AUCCAUGCCCUUACUGGGAAGACAUGGAGCGCUAUGGACACAGUCUACACGAAUCAAGUAGGAAUCUCAACUAAAGACAUCCAUAUUUCUCCAGUUAGGAAAGAAACGUUUUGAGAGACUGAGAGGAAAGAAGGGUGGCCCGGUUGAGGAUGGAGUGUGCAUUUGACGCACAGAAUCUGAUCUCCAUUUCUUUGAGAAAAAUCCAAAGCUCCAGGACGCAGAGAGGAGGCAUCAAGCUCCACAAGAACUUACUGGUAACGUACGUACUGAGAAACGCCAGGCAGUUUUAUAUGAGCAAAAACUUGUCGCAAACGCAGAGGACGCAUCAUUAUGAGAAUGUUGCUGCAGUCCGCCAAAGGCAAGAAUAUCUUGAAUUGACUGGAAGCUUAACGGAGUUGGCCGAUGACUUCUACUGCAACUUUACUGAGGAUGAGUCGGACACUUGGCACUGCGGAGCGCACCAGCCCAUCGGCCAGCCUGCAGAGGUGGCGCACCAAGACGCAUCUGCCUGCGCAAUGGUUUCACCAAGUGACUCUGACCUCAUGGUUUCGGAAGCCUGUUGGAGUUGUGCAGACAAAUCCUCCUGGGAGUUACCUAUCCCAAUCGCACAAGCCAACCAAAAGACCGUCCUGGACUUGGACACGCAUGUGGUGACUACUGUCACGAAUGGAUACUUCCACUCAGACUGUUGCGCGCAGUCAAAACAGCCGCAGGGCGCGCAGUGCUACAGUAAAAAGCGAAAGAUGGACACAAGUUAUCAUAUUGUUGAUCCAGAGUUUUAUCUGCCAGACUUUGGACCAGUGCCAUGUAAACGGCUGAGGACUGAUGAUGAUUCACAUUCAGACACGGACCAGUUGGACAGCACAAACAUAUCCAACCUGAUCUCAGUCUUGGGUUCAGGGGGACUAUCUGAGUUUGUGAGUUGGCAGCAGACAGACCUUGAGCAAAUAUUCGCCGCUCAAACAAUUUGUUUAAAACAUACACUGUUAACAGGCAGCGGUUGGACCAGAGCAAUUGAAGCAUUUUGAUUUGUAUGAUUGUUUUUCUUUGUAUCGUUUUAUUUUAUUGCUUUUAAAUAAAUGAUGACACGACUGCAA